AUGUUAAAUAUAUUUAUGUUAAAAAUUCUACUAAUUACGCUAUGGAUUCUUAAUGCCCCCACCAAGGCUUUGUGUCGCCAUCAUGGUCGCAAUGGAGGCGGCGGCGGUGGUUAUCGAUCAUCCCAAAUGCAGCAUGUCGGCAAUAUUGAUGUGCGUGAUAAAAUUCUCGAACUGCAAUGUUAUGCCAAAUGCCAGGACAGCGGCACCGGCGGCAGCUCGAGCGGUGCGCGCUACCUUAGCGAUUGUGAAGCCUGUCGCAAACAAUGUCAAAUCGAUAUGAUCAAAGCACCGCGGCGUGGCUAUUGUCCGGCCAUGCAAAAUGCCAUCUUUCAAAAUAUCAACAUUCAGCCGUUGCAGAAACUCUCCUGUCUGGACAACUGCAGCUAUGAUUUCGAUUGUCCCGAGGUGCAGAAAUGUUGCAGUUCGGCGUGCGGUCCGGUGUGCAUGCAACCGAUUGGUGUGCGUGACGACAGUCUGCUGCCGCCAAUACCAAAGAUACUUAAGUGUACGCUGAUCGCCCGCGAGCUAAAAGUCGAAAUCACAUUACAAUCGAAUUCGUCAUACUAUUUUCAUGUGGAGAUUCGGCAUCACAUUGGGUCGCAGCUAUCCCCGCGUAAAUUAAGUGCCUGGCAGUAUCAGCCAGUUGAACUAUUGGCAGAGGUGUUAGAUUUAAAUAGAAUGUUAACCACAGUAGGAUUUUAUUUAAGACCUGGUCGUUGGUAUCAGGUGCGUGUGGCAGCUAUAAAUGCGUAUGGCUUUCGUGGUUAUUCAGAACCAUCACAAGCAUUUACUUUACCAAAUCAUCCUAAACCACCAAAACCUCCAGCUGACCUUAAGGUUAUCUCAUCCCAUUUCGAUGGCAAAUCGGUGACCAUCAAAAUUGUUUGGUGUGCCUCGAAAUCAAAUUUACCCAUAGAAAAAUAUAAAGUUAUUUGGUCACUAUAUGUGUAUGCAAUACAUGAGUCCUUUAUAUCGAGUGAGGCCUAUGUAAAGGAUCGCCAUCAGUACGAAAUAACAAAACUACUUCCUGAUUCUAGUUACUAUAUACAAGUUCAAGCCUUUUCGAUAAAUGGUCGCAAACGCCUUAAAUCGGAUAAACACUCAAUAUUGUUUAAUACCACAAUUGUGCCAACGCAAACAUUCGAACCACUUAAAUGUGGUCGCGAACAACAACAACAGCAGCAGCAAUUAUCAUCACGUGCCACCACCGAUGAUGCCAUAAAUGCCAAUGCCCUAUCAUCGAUCGAUGAGAGAUAUUAUGCGAAGAAAUAUUCUCUAAAUGAUGCUUCCCCAUUGGCUGAUACACCAUCGACAUCAUCGUUGUCUAUAAAAAAUAGUACUUAUUCAUCCUCGUCAUCUGCAUCCUCAUCGCCAGUUGCAUCUGCUUCGGCAGCAGCAUCGACAAGCCCCACAAAAUCCCAGGAUAAAUUUGAGGUGAAAUAUCGCUUAAAUCGUAAACUCGGAAUGCUGGUGGUAAUAUCUGGCUUCCAUCCGAAGGAGGAGAAAAUAUAUGAACUUUGUCCACUGCAAACAAAUUGCGAAGAAGGAGAAUACAAUGCAAUACGUGUAAAUAAAGAUUCAUUGGUCUUUAGUAAACUGAGCUAUAAUACCGUCUAUACAUUUAAGCCACGUAGCAACUCCAUUGGUGAUAUGGAAGGCAUGAAGACGAUAACAUUUACCACACCGAAAUGUGAGAAUUUUCGCAAAGGAUUUCCAAAAGCUAAUAUUAAGUGUUAAUUAUAUAAAACUCACUACAACUAAUAAUAAACAAAGAAACAAAAAGAAUAAUAAUA